CUCGGCGUAUAACGCGAUCCUACAACACAAUCACUUCUGCCUCAUCAACAACCAGACAUGCAUCCUCCUGUGUUGUUUCUCUUGUUUUGCCUCGGCCUUGCGGUUGCCCAGCACAAUCAACCGUAUCCUGUAACUACACCAGUACCUAUCUUAAAACAGAUAAACAAGCAUAACGAGGAUGGUAGCUACAGUUACGGCUUUGAGGCGGCGGAUGGCUCGUACAAGAUCGAGUCUAAAUAUCCGAACGGUGAGGUUUAUGGCAAGUACGGUUUCGUGGACGAUACUGGAAAUGUUCGCGAGAUCGAGUACGGCGCGUCCAGACGCGGUUUCGAGCCGGUCGGUCCUGGGAUAAACGUGCCCCCGCCAACCUUGACUGGUAACAGCAUCGCCGGCAACGCGAAUGAGCCCGAAGACGAUGGACAGUAUCGCGAGGAUCCGUCGAUCUAUCACACCGAUCCGCGUUUCACCAACGGGGAACGUUACGAUUUGGCACCUAAGUACAGACAACAGUCAAUCGCCUACAAUCCGCCGCAACAAACUGCACCGGCAGCUUACAAUCAGCCGAGAUAUAACCCGCCUGUUAAUUACCAGCCGACAACGGUGAGGCCGCGGUUCCAGCCAGAAUAUCGAUCGCAAUAUCGAUCGCAGUAUGAAUCACAGUAUCAAGGUCAGCAGUUGCAAUCCGCAUAUCCUUCGCCCGUAAUUCCAGCCGGUCCUCAAGGACACGUCGCGACCAACAUCGACGUCAAUGCCGGAUUGGCGUCUUACACGGUUAAUUACAAGCGAUAAAGAAAGAGGAAGAAAAGAGAAAGGGAGUCAUACAAUCGUACAUUGUGCAUGUGUAUAUAGAUUAUUUAUGACUAUUUUGACAUUGUUGCUCUGAACAUUUAUUUAAUUUUACACAUAAAAUUGGUUAGUAUUGUCAUCGGAAUAUUUUUGAUAGCACCCUGAUUUGAUAAUUUAGUGACAAAUAGAAUAAUCAAUAAGGUACUUA